CGAAGAAAAUCUGAUGGCUUCUUUUCAUAAAUAUAUCCCUCAGUGAAGGACAACAUUCUCAUCUUCCAACCAUGGCUUCCGUACUUCUCUCAACCCCGUUAGUUCUCCUAUUCUUACCUUCUCCAGCUAUAGUGAAUGCUCAAAAACAGACCAACGUCACUCCAGGCAUGUCCAUCUCUACCACUUCUGGAUCCAUGAGCUGGUCAUCCCCCUCGGGCCGCUUCGCCUUUGGAUUCUAUCCAAAAGGCCAGGGCUUCGCCAUUGGAGUAUGGCUUGCAACAACGCCCAAUAUGACUGUCGUAUGGACAGCCAACCGCAACGAUCCCCCGAUCUCCAAUGGCUCCAUUCGGUUUAGCGUUGGUGGUAGCCUUCUCUGGAGCGCCCCUGGUGGCCGGGAGGAGGUCAUUGCUCAGCUUUCUGAGCCUGCCACCAUGGGUUCCAUGCUUGAUACAGGCAACUUUGUUCUCUACAAUUCAAGUCAUGGGAUUGUAUGGUCCACUUUUAGUAUUCCAACGGACACGCUCUUGCCAGGCCAGAGCUUACCGUCCCAAAAUCAGCUCUAUUCGAGCGUAUCUGAAGCUGACCAAAGCCAAGGAAAUUAUCGGCUCAACAAUCAGGAGGACGCAAACCUGGUGCUGUAUGCGGUGGGCACGUCUGAUAUCGCAGAUGAUGCCUACUGGGCUUCAAACACCUUCCUGAUUGGCUUCCCCUUGACACUGAGUUUGAACAGUAAGGGUGUGCUAUACUUGGUAGGAAACAAUAGUCGUUUCACAAAGAACCUGACACAGGCCAAGGCUUCCAGCUCUCAAGGUGGAGGCGAGAUAUAUUACCGGGCGACGCUCGAUCCAGAUGGGAUUCUGCGGCUUUACUCGCACACUUUCUGGAAGAAUGGCAGCUCGACGAAGGCGGUGGAAUGGGCUGCGCUUGACGACCGCUGCCUCGUCAAGGGUGUCUGUGGGCUUAACAGCUACUGUAGUCUCAAAGAAGAUGAAGAACCAGAGUGCCUUUGCCCCCCUGGAUUCGACUAUGUGGACCCCAACCAGAUUCAACGUGGUUGCACAAGGAACUCUACUUCAGGAGAUUGCUCCAACGACCACUCCAAUGGAAAGGACGCAGGACUGGAGAUGCAUGAUAUGAAGAACACAGCAUGGCUCAACAAACCAUUCUACAUUUUUCCAUCGACUACAAGCUUAGAUGACUGCGAGGCUGCGUGUUUGUCUGACUGUUUCUGCGAGGCAGCCUUGUUCAAAGACAAUGUGUGCACAAAACAAAUGCUUCCGCUGAAGUACGGGAGGACGGAUGGCAAUGACACGCUGUUAAUCAAGGUCGGAGCCAUGAAUCCCGGUGAGGGAGCUGUGACUUGUGAAAAGAAGAAUGAUGCUCAUGCCAAGGUCAUAGCUGUGAGUAUUGCUUUAGCUGCAUUCUCAAUCAUUGUGUUGGCCAUAUCAGGCUUUCUUUUCUGGAGGUAUUGGAGAUUCGGAAGGUAUAAGACACUGAAGCAUGACAACUCUGUUCUCGAUGAGGAGACUACACUGAGAUCUUAUUCCUAUAAAGAGUUGGAGAUGGCAACAGAAGAUUUCCGGGAAGAGUUGGGCAAAGGAGCCUUUGGCACAGUAUUCAGAGGGGCAUUCUCCAAAGGAGGAAGGAUGAUUGCUGUGAAGAGACUAGAGAAGAUGGUGGAGGACGGAGAGAGGGAGUUCCAGAGAGAGGUGAAGGCUAUAGGACGAGCACAUCAUAGAAAUCUCGUGAAGCUGUUCGGCUUCUGCAAUGAAGGCUCCAAUAGGCUACUGGUUUACGAGUUCAUGAGCAAUGGUUCGCUCGCAAAGCUCCUCUUCAAGACCAAGACAUACCCAAGUUGGGAGGAAAGAGUUGGGAUCGCAAUGGAUGUUGCCAAAGGGCUGCAGUAUUUGCAUGAGGAGCUUGAGGCCCAUAUCAUUCAUUGUGACAUAAAGCCUGAGAACAUUCUGAUUGAUGAUUUUGGAACUGCAAAGAUAGCUGAUUUUGGGUUGGCCAAGUUAUUGAUGCCUGAUCAGACAAGAACCUUUACAGGGGUGAGAGGCACAAGGGGGUACCUUGCACCGGAAUGGUACAAGAAUGCACCAAUAACAGUUAAGGCUGAUGUCUACAGCUAUGGAAUUGUGUUAUUUGAAAUCAUAUGCUGCAGGAGAAACAUGGAGCUGGAAGAAGAUGGGAAUGUUCGCAUCCUUUCUGAAUGGGUCUAUGAACGCUUCCUGGCCGGUGAGCUGGAAUGGCUGAAGAAGGAUCAAGAAGUAGAUGACACAGAAUUAGAGAGAAUUGUGAAGGUGGGGCUCUGGUGUGUUCAAAAUGACCUCAACUUACGGCCUUCAAUGAAGACUGUGAUUCUGAUGCUAGAAGAUCACAUACAAGUGCCUCUUCCUCCAGCUCCAGCUUCUUUUAUGCUGUGAGACCAUCUAUAGUAAGAAUAAUCAGCCUUUUCUGCGAAGAUGAUCGAGAAUUUCCGAGACUGGAGUUUAUGUAGAAACUAAUAAGGAUGAUGAGAGUUGCAAGAUGUAUUUAAGUUGUUGUAGCAUCUUACAUUUGAGUGUUGAGGGUGAAGCUAGCUUUAUGUGGGAAGGGAAAAGAAAAAUUCUAGCCUUGUAUCUUUGUUUUAAUUAAUGGACCUGAAAUCCAAGCUUAGCUUGUAUCUUUUUAAAAAUUCUA